AUGGAAUAUUCCAAUAAGCAACUACUUUUCGGACCGCGUUGGGACCUCUAUUGCUGGACGGCCUCUGACGACCGCGUCCGUGGCGGAUCAUCAGUCUCGGAGCUUGUGUCCACCGAUCAAGGUGUGCUGUUCCGCGGCCACCUCGACAUUGAGACCCUCGGCGGUGCCGGAUUUGCCUCUCAACGCACAGUUGGCGACGACGAGACAUGGGAUCUCACCGGACAGGACGGCAUCGUGUUGUGCGUCGGCAAGUCGGACGGAAAGCGGUAUACUUUCUCCCUGACGGAUGAAAUCCCCGAACGGCGGUCAGAUGGUCGGGAGCAAAGUGCUCUUGUGUGGGAAUAUGAUUUCUGCAUCAAAGAGACUGGACACACGGUGCAUGUGCCGUGGAAGGAAUUGAAGCCGACAUACCGUGGAAAGCCGGUUGAAAAUGCGAGGCCAUUGGAUUUGUCGCAUGUGAGGAGAUUCCGCAUUAUGAUUCGAAGCUUCUUCGGGGAACAAAAAGGGUAUUUCUGUUUGGAGGUUCACUCGAUUGGAUUGUUCCGUGAGAGUUACCUUGAUAACCCUGCCUCAGGAAAUGGGUCCACGGAUUGGGGCAACGAGAAGGCGGAUGGUUCUUACGAAACUACAGAGAACAGAAGCUGGUUCUCAGGCUGUUGCGCAUUGUUCUGA